GCCGCUUUAAGAGGCUGCUCCGCAGCAGCGAGCGGGGCCGGAGCCGCAGCCCGAGCGAGCAGAACUGAGCCGAGCCGGCAGGUGACGGCAGCGGCAUGACCGGCCACCACGGCUGGGGCUACGGCCAGAACGACGGCCCCUCACACUGGCACAAGCUGUAUCCCAUUGCCCAGGGAGACCGCCAGUCACCAAUCAAUAUCGUAUCUAGCCAGGCUGUGUACUCACCCAGCCUGAAGCCACUGGAGAUCUCCUAUGAGUCCUGCACAUCCCUCAGCAUCGCCAACAAUGGCCACUCUGUCCAAGUGGACUUCAAUGACAGUGAUGACCGAACUGUGGUGUCUGGGGGCCCCCUGGAUGGGCCCUACCGGCUUAAGCAGUUCCAUUUCCACUGGGGCAAGAAGCAUGGUGUGGGCUCGGAGCACACGGUGGAUGGCAAGUCAUUCCCCAGCGAGCUGCACCUGGUUCACUGGAACGCCAAGAAGUACAGCACCUUUGGGGAGGCGGCCUCGGCGCCCGAUGGCCUGGCUGUGGUCGGUGUCUUCCUGGAGACGGGGGACGAGCACCCCAGCAUGAACCGUCUGACAGAUGCGCUCUACAUGGUUCGGUUUAAGAAAUGGGCAGGGAGGAUGCUGCUCUCAUCCUGGUGGGAGGUCUGUGCUGAUUCCUGGGUCCUCCACCCUGCCCCAGGGCACCAAGGCCCAGUUCAGCUGCUUCAACCCCAAGUGCCUCCUGCCUGCCAGCCGGCACUACUGGACCUACCCCGGGUCCCUGACGACACCACCGCUGAGCGAGAGCGUCACCUGGAUUGUGCUCCGGGAGCCCAUCCGUAUCUCUGAGAGACAGAUGGAGAAAUUCCGGAGCCUGCUUUUCACCUCAGAGGAGGAUGAGAGGAUCCACAUGGUGAACAACUUCCGGCCGCCACAGCCACUGAAGGGCCGUGUGGUCAAGGCCUCCUUCCGGGCCUGAGCUGCCUACCUGCCCAGCCAGUCACCGGGGCACCAUCUUCCCAAGGGCUUCCAUGUCAGCAGACACCAAACCAUCCGAGGCUCCCUGCCUGGGGUUGCUGUGGACCCUCCUUCAGCUGGCUUGCUCCUUGGCCACGCUGGAGGCUUCUUGACGGGACCCUCAAGUCAGGGGACACCUUUCAGCCACCCUGGGGACAGGAAGGGACCUGAGCCGAGUGUGGCCCAAGCCUGAGGCUGCCUUUGCUCUCCAAGACCCAAAGGCCCCUGGGAACCUCCUCUUGUCUUCCCCACUGGCAGUGGCAGCAGCCCUACCCCGAGCUCACACUGUGACAGAUGAGGCCAAACUCUCUGGGGCAGGCAGCUGGCACUCCCGGAAAGACUCAAGCAAUAAUUAGAAGAGUGGGCAGAGCUGCCCUCUCAGCAUUACCUCUUCUGCGGGCCUCCGCCAUGUACGCACCUCACUGCCAGGCCAUUAAAAUGGACUCAGCCUGCUGUGGGUGACGUGGCCUUCUCCUUCCAGCCACCUGCUGCCGUAGGCAGGCACUGGCUACAGCUUAUGUAGUAUCUCCCUUCAUCCCCACCCAGCCACCAAAGCCACCUACAUGACAAUCCAUCCAUGCACUGAUUAAUAAAUUCGAUCAUUCA